AGCGGUGGUAGUGGCAUUAACAGAUUGAUUCACUACUACCGCGCGGGUUGGUAGCGGGCGACUAGUCCGCGAAGGCGCCCACCGCACGGCUCACUCCGAAAAACGCAUUACCAGAGUCGCGAGUGGACGACAUCGCAAAGUCUACGUGCACCGCGCGCCAGGAACGCAGAGCACACGCACCAGACUGCCAUUUCGACCAUCUGCGCACAGCAGGAAGUGCUGGAGCAGCCCUUCGCCUUCCUCCUUCGCUCCUCCACCUCGUCUCGAUCGACCACCGAUACCACCACCGUCGCUUCCCUGCCUCGACGGCAUCACGCGAGCCUCAUACAUCUCCAACACGACAACUCGGUGAAGGGACGCCUCGCGUACACACCACAAUAACUCUCGUCAUCAUGGCUCUUCCUAUAGCUUGACCACAGCUCCCGAAGGGCGGCAUCAACCGACCUUUUGAGACCUUGACCUCAAGUGUCCUCAAACAGUCACCUCGCGCAUACAUAUACCACACCCAUUCAUCAGAAACCGCAUACACUAAAGUCAUCGAUCCCGCGGUAUAGAACACCGAGCACUCGACCUGCCCGAACGAGAUCGCCGUCUAUAAAACGUUCGCUCCAUCGGCAAGACCGACACCCAGAUACCAAGACAUGCCAUAUCUGCGCGACAGCUUUCUCAGCGCGGUGGAUCUCGCAGCAACGGUGUCCGCCUCGGACGAGUCUACAAAUCACGACAGCUCCAAGAUGAGCGCCAGAAAGGAGAAGUCUUCUGCCACGUGCCAAGCCAAAGGAGAGGUGGAGGGUACAGGCAAUGCAUGGGAGGGUGUUCCGACUACCUCGUCACAACCACCAACACCGCCAGAGUCGCGCUCGCCAACGCCUCGAGUGACUUUGAUGCCAUGUCCUGUGCGGCUACUACCCCUCGUGCCAGCACCCAACUAUGGCACUGUGGUCGACAACACCAUGUACCGCAGUGCAUUCCCACAAGCUCGCAACAUCGAGUUUAUGGAGACGUUGAAGCUCAAAUCAAUACUCACCCUUGUCACCAAGACAGAAUCCUGUGAGCACUACGACCAAUUUGUCUGGCAACAUGGCAUCAACAGAAAGAUUCUUGAUGUCGAACCCAACAAGGAGGGCAAAGUUAAGACCAACUUCGACACUCUCUGCGACGCCGUGCUUUUCGCCCUGAAUCCAAUGCACCACCCCGUGUAUAUCCAUUGCAACCAAGGCCGCCACCGCACCGGGUGUGUCGUCGCUUGCAUCCGCAAGAUUCAGCAGUGGCCGAUGGACGAAAUUCUCCUUGAAUACAGGACUUACGCCGACCCGAAACCGCGCGAUGGCGACAUUGAACUGAUCAAGAGCUUCGACCCGGAGCUUGUUCACCAGUACGGUCGGCGUCACGGUCUCCUCAAGGGCUUCAAGGGAGACAGUCGAGAGCGCGUCGAUUCAUUCAAUAGCGUCUACGAAUUGGCUAGCUCUUUGCCGUCGCAUAACACUGCUUCGAUCUGCAGCAGCGAUUCAAGCCAGACAAGCGACGCCAGCGACAAGUCCGAUGGCCCUUUCCUCAUUGCCAGAAGAUAUUUAUCUGGUGAAACCCUGCCCCAGGCUGGUGAUGGGGUUAGUUCGAGUCUUGGGCGAGACUCGCGUGAACUCGAUUCUGAUAUCGUGGUCCAUGGAUUCGACGCGGACAAAAACUUGGUGGAUACAUUGAUGACGGACAGUGGUGAUAGUGAACAAUGUCUGGACAUUCCCGAUGUUCAGGUGGUCUCAACAUCUGCCACCACUCCUCCUAUCGCUAUUCGAGGCCGCUCAUAGGAGAGUCCGAUAGCGGAGUCACCAGAAUCAAGCUUCGGAUCGCCUUCGGCUGGACUUGAUUGCGACUUGUUGCCAAUCGAUCUCGAGGGACAAGCACCUUGCCGACACUCAGGAUCCUCAGCAUGGUCCCCACGAGGCUACGCGCACUCCCCUUGAACGACAGAGCGACAGGAUUCACUGGGCUGUGUUUCUUCUGGCGAUGACCAAAAUAAUCGGAAUAUUUCCUUUGUCUACUUGGGUUCAGCCACUCCUCUCUGCUCUCUCUGGCGAGCUUGAUGGAGUUCGGCUUUUUUGGAUUUAGCGAAGGCGCUGGUGGUUCAGUCCAAGUAAAAGAUUUCGCCUCCCUCGAUAUGGGUAAUUUUGCAUUAGAGAAAGAAUACGGAACGGCACCAUGCUGCGCUGCUGCUGCAAGGGCAAAAGAAAGUCGCUUGGUUUCAGAGGUGGAAAUG